AUGGCGACGAGAUAUUUAGAUUUGUUUUUACGCGAUAAUCUGAUUUUGGCGUGUUUUUUAGUCUUCUUCAGAUCGAACGAAUAUUCUGUUUGUAGCCAAGUCAUCGAGAAGAAAUCUCGUGCGGAGAAACUGUAUACUAAGACUACUGUGUUUGAUAGAAUUGGUUAUCUCUACAAUAAUUCUAUCAUGAGCGAUAUGAACUUAACCUACGGUGACAAAGGGCCAGGUGAAAUUUUCUUCGCUCAUAGAUGUAUAUUGGCAGCGGUUAGCCCCGUCUUUUAUGAAAAAUGUUAUACGGAAUCUUCCAUGAACAAUAUAUCAAGUAUACAUUUGGCAGACAUGAGCGGAGUAACCUUUGCAGGAUUGUUGUCUUUCGUCUGUAAAGAUGAAUGUCCGACGGAUGUGGACGAAGCUUUCGAAGUACUAAGAUCAGCAAUGAAAUAUAGAAUUUCCUCAUUUGCCGAUGCUUGCAGAGAUAAUUUGCUUUAUCGUAAAAUCACGCCAGAAAAGGGAUUUGAGUUGCUGGAAUUGCUGAUAAAGUCAGAAACGGAAGCAUUAGCAAAUGCCGGCUGGGAGUUUAUAGACAGAAACCCUAGCGAUUAUUUCAAGUCAGAUCAUUUUCUAUUCAUCAGCAAAGUUACUUUGGAUGCGCUGUUAGCACGUGAAACACUCUGCACAGAUGAGAUGACAAUAUUCAAAGCCGUAAUGAGAUGGGUGGACAAUCAGUGUCGGUUACAAGACGUGCAGCUAACCCGUGAAAACAAAAGGAAAAUUUUGGGAGAUUCGAUCUAUAAAAUACGGUUUCUGGUAAUCCAGCAGAGCGAAUUUAUCCAAAAUGCUAGUGGAGAACUGCUCACAGAUGUUGAAAUCAUUGCCAUCGUGAAACUUAUGAAUGGGAUCGAGGCUCCAGACUUAGGAUGGGAUUCGACCUUAUUAAAACGUCAAGGUUCGUGUGGAUAUUGGUUUUUGAGCGCCCGUCUUUGGCUUGCUAUAGGAACACUAUUGGUAUCUAUAAUAGGCGGUGUAGUCUGCCUAAAUAACAGAUGAUAACGUCGAAGAUACUAAGUAUAUUUAUUAUAGAAGUUAUAGGCUAUACUUGUCAUUAUAAAACUUGAACUCUUUUGUUAUUUUAUCCAGAAAUUGCGUGUUUAAUGUGACAUAAUUAUCAAAAAAUAAACUUUAAUCUGACAUAAUAAUUUACAGUACUGUCGAGAAUAACGUAACACUGCUAGCGUAUGUUAGCGUAUACUGGCGUAUGACUAAUUGAUCAUCGACCGAACGUGAGGUCUGUACUCUCAAAUAUCACAUCGAAGGUUUUUAGUGUUUGCGAAAUUAUGCAAAUUAGGUGUAACAUUGUGCAGUAAUACAUAUAUAGGGAAAAUCAACAGUAUGAAACAAAUUUCAAAAUACAUGCAGGGUUCCCCAUGCAAACCCUUCAAAAACUAUUGAAAUCACCCAUAACAAUGUAAUAUUUCGUAAUGCAUAAUGAAGUAAUUCCACACUCCGUUUCCCUUAUUGCUGUUACAUU